UGGGGCCCCCGGGCAAUAGGGGAUCAUGGGACCCCUGUGUCCUUGCCCAAACUCAAAAAAGCCUAUGAAAAAGGGACCAGGGGCAUCUCAUGGGGCCCCCUACUGACCCCGAGCCCUCGGGGAGUGCCCAAAUUUCCAAAUGGUCAGUCUGCCCCUGGUCACUGUCAGGACCUGGAUCACCUGCUGGGGCGGACUGACAACUCAUGGGACCCCCGAGCAAUAGGGGAUCAUGGGGCCCCUGUGUCCUCGCCCACACUCAAACCACACCUAAAAAAGCCUAUGAAAGGUAGCAGGGGCAUCUCAUGGGGCCCACUACUGACCCCGGACCCUCGGGCAGUGCCCGAGUUCCCAAAUGGUCAGUCCGCCCCUGAGUCCUACUAUAAGUUGAUGAUCACU